AUGGAAGACAGUGAAACUCACAAUCUACAGAAGGAAACCAUCAAGCAGCAGCACGAAGUGGUUAAAGCAAGAACGGCACCCCCAAAUGACUCCAAUAUCGGUUCUCAUGUCGAGGAGUAUGGUGACAAGACAUUCAAGGAUGGCAAGCUUUUCCUUUAUCAAGGUUUAUAUCCUGCGAAGUCAAGCAUCACAAACAGGCCGCUGCUUUCGCCCAGCCUCAAGGGUGCAAUCAAUCAAAGAAAUGUUGAUAUUCUUUUCAUGUGGAAGAAGUAUGAGCAGUUAAAUGUUGGAUCAGAGGAGAAGCAGAGGGCUCUUAGGGAGGUCCAAGAAACUGUGUUACACAGGAAGCAUCUCGACAGCAGUAUCGAUUUCAUCGGGAAGCUUGUCUUUGGAUUUGAGGGGCCUUCGGUGCUUGAGGCUACUAAAGGCCCUGGCCAGCCAUUAGUAGACUAUUGGGAUUGUCUAAAGACGAUGGUGCGAGUUUUCGAGUCCCAGUGCGGAUCACUCACUCAGUAUGGCACGAAACACAUGAGGGCGUUCACAAACAUCUGCAACAAUGGCGUCUCCGAGACCGAGAUGAAGGAGGCCAGCAUCAGCGCUUGCGACAGCUACAACAUCGGUAAGUGGAGCCCGCUGGUUCUAGGGCACAGCGCCUGGUCGGCUGCACUACAGUAG